AUGGCGCCCGCCGCGGGCCGGGUCCCCGGAUGCUCGUGCAGAUGCGUCGCCUCGCGCGCGCCCCUGCGCCCGUCGCGUGCCACGGCGCCGGCGCACGGUGCUCCGGGGAGGCGAUGCGCGCGCUUGCCGCAGAGGGUCAGGCGUGGGGUGACCUGCACGCGGGCUGAGGCGGGCGACGGAGAGAAGGUCAGCUUACAGAGCCUCAUCGACCAGCUGUCGCAGCAGGACGACGACGGGGCGAGGCGGGCCCUGCAGCGGAUGAUUGCAGCGAGGGAGCUGCCCAAUGACAUCAUCGACCGGAUGGAGAGCCUGCCGAAGACGCUGACGCGCGCGGACAUGCGCGAGCGCACUGCCGCGCUGUCUCAGAUCACCGACUCGCUGCGCAAGGGCAUCCUGCCGGACCCGGCGAGCGUCGCGUGGCCGCAGGAGCCGUUCAAGUCGGAGUUCAUCAAGGCGAUGGGCGACCUGCAGAUGCCGCGGUUCACGCGCCGGCACCCGAAGCUGAUGCGGCCGCUGCUGCAGCGGAUGAUGGACAUGGUGCAGGAGUUCGAGGAGAAGCUCGUGCAGAUGGAGCAGGAGCAGCAGCAACAGCAGCAGCAGCAGCAGCAGCAGCAGCCGCAGCCGAAGAGCAGCAACAACAGCAACAGCCAGCAGGAGCAGCAGGACGAGCAGCAGGAGCAGGGCGAGGGCGGAGAGGGGCGGCCCGACCCCGAGCAGCUCAAGCAGCAGCUGGAGGAGAUGAUGGAGCAGCAGGACGAGGUGGACCAGGAGCAGACGCAGGACUGCGCGCCGGACGGGAAGCCGGAGGACGGCGAGCGGCAAGAGCUCGAGAUCCAGCUGGAGGCGCAGGACGGGGAGGGGGCGCAGGCGGGCGGGGAGGACACCGAGGACGACGGGCCGGAGAAGCCGACGAUGAGCCAGGAGAUGCUCGAGGAGGUGCGCAAGAUGAUGGAGGACAUGAAGGCGGAGAUGGAGCCAGCGAUGGAGGCGGUCGAGGAGGCCUCGCAGGCGCUGGACGACAUCGACGCGCUGCUGGAGGACACGGGCGCGCAGGGCUUCGACUACUCGCUGUCGGUGUGGAAGAAGUCCGGGUGGAAGCAGCUCGGCGAGCUGCGGCGCAAGCUCGAAAACCUGCGGGAGCUGCGGGAGCUGGUGCGGGAGCUCGGGCGCGGCGGGGGCCGCGGGCCGCUGCGGCGCGCGCCGGAGGAGGUCGAGCAGGCGGGGCGGCCGCCCGGCGUGGUGCGGUCGGCGCUGAACCCGGAGGAGACGCGCGGCCUGACGCGCAGCAACGACCUGUCGCGCAUGCUGCCGUCCGAGGUGAUGCUGAUGGCGGCGGGGUGGCCGAAGGGCGUGGGGCCGCACGGGGAGUACCCGAGCGACGCCGAGGAGGAGGAGUUCUUGGAGGAGGGGGAGUUAUUGGGCCCGGAGGGGGAGGUGAUUCGCACAGGGAACCGCGGGGCGCGGCUGCUGCACCUCGUGCGGCGUGCGGAGCGCGCGCUGAUCACAUACGAGCGCGCGGGGUGGCUCGAGGACGUCCCUGCGCGCGCCACGGGCCGCAUGGAGAUUCGGCCCGCAGCGGAGCUCGGCCCCAUCAUCGUGUGCCUGGACACGUCCGGGUCGAUGCGCGGCGCGCGCGAGACGGUCGCGAAGGCCCUCGCGCUCGAGUGCCUCCGCGGCGCGCACCGCCAGCAGCGCCCGUGCUACCUGUACGCCUUCUCCGGCCCGGAGCAAGUCGAGGACCUGGAGCUGUCGAUUCGGCCGGAGGCGAUGUCGCGGCUGCUGGACUUCCUCGCGCACUCGUUCGACGGCGGCACGGACGUCGACCGGCCGCUGGACCUCGCGCUGGAGCGCCUUGGAGAGGAGGGUUGGGAGCGCGCGGACAUCCUGCUGGUGACGGACGGGGAGAUUCCGGAGCCGAGCGAACAGGUGCUGGCGGACCUGCGCGCUGCGCACGAGGCCAUGGGCCUCGAGGUGCACUCGCUGCUAGUCGGCGACCGCGUCACGCCGCCAAUCGAGAAGAUCUCGACUAAAGUGCACGUGUUCAAGUCGUGGACGGCGGCGGGGGGGCGGGACUAG